AAAAAAUUAAAAAAAAAUUACGUUUAUUGUUAAUCCAUUAUCCACAACUAAUUUAAAAAUUAUGGCGUCAAGUAAAAAACCUUUAAAACGAAGAAGUGUAACACAAGAUCGAGAAUUUGUUAUAAACCACAGUAAAAUUGAAUAUUCUUUAGAUACAGUUAGUGAGAAUAACUGGCAAUUAUUUAUGUGGCUCGCUUCCUUGGAAACAGUUGAGAAUUAUAUUUGUUUAUUUAUUCUUGUUUGGGAUACUAUUCCAGUACGAAAUAGUGCACAAUUUUCAAAAGAAUUAAGGGAAGAAACUGAUAAUUUAAUUCAAAUUAUCAAGGAAUUAAAUAUUUCAGAGGAAAACGAUAAGAAUUAUUCUAAAAUGUUGGAUGAUUACAAAGAAAAAGAAUUACAACAAGCACCCCUUAAUAAUAAAAUGAAAGAUGAAAAUCAAGAAAUAAUUUUAAGUGAAAAUAAAAGUUUGGAAAAUCAAAUAGUUGGUUUGGCCGAUAAUAAUUCACAAAUUGGUAAUUCAACAAUUCUUGAAGAUGAGUUACAAGGUGCUCAAAAUAUUCAAGAACUUUUGAAAAGCGAAAACGAGAAUUUAAAAGCUCAAGUAGAAGAUUUAAUAAAUGAAAGUUCGAAACAGGUAGCUCUUGAUAAUUUAACAAAUUUAUCUUUGAAUGAUGAUGGUCUAUAUAAUUCAAGAAAAUUAAUUCAAGAUAUUAGAGAUUUACAAGAUAUGCUCUCAGAUUUCACAAUGGUUCAAGGAAGUGAUUAUAAGAUAAUUAACGAUGAGGCAAAUGCUCUUUUAAGAGUUCUUAAAUGCGAAGUAAAGUGCCCUAGUUCGCGAGCAAGCCUUGUUUUAGGGUUUUUACUUCAAAGGAUUGCAAUUAUCAAAAUUUUAGAAGAAGUUGAAAAAUAUUUAACUGCCAUGAGUAGAGGGACAGGAAGUCAAGGGAUGGCUCUUGAGGGAGAUAUUGCAAAUACCACCGAAACCUUAAUUAAUCAGACAAUAUUAUUUGAAAAAAGUCGGAAGGGAGAAGACGAUAUCACUAAGAUUACGCCAGUCAAAAUUCGUCAAGAUGUUUAUUCAGCCCUUCGUUGUCGUGGUUUUCCGAGUGAUCACUCUUUAAUCACAACCACAGCAAGUAAAUUGUUGUAUAAAAUGAAUAGAUAUAGACAAGUUGUAGAUGAAGAAACUAAAAGUGAAAUGGAUGAUUUAGCCGUUCAAAUAACUCAUAAAGUUAUUAAUAUUUUUUAUUUUGGUUUUAAAACACAAGCUUCUGUACCAACCUAUAAAUUUUUCGAUGCUGGUCAAGCUUUGGAACCGCAUCUCAUGCAAGGAGCUUUUGGAAAUAAUGAAUCUAAAAAAUUGGAAGUGGAAGUUUGCGGAUUUCCUUGCAUCGGCAUAUUUACUGGUGAUAAAUCGAGUGAUAGAAUUUUUAUAAAAGCCCAAAUUAUUACAAGAUCGAAGCGUUUAUAAUUAUAAUUUAUUUCAUAUUUUGA